CUAUUCUCUUAUCCACCCUUGUACGUUGGAGCGCGCGCGCGCUUCUUCAGCUCGUCGGUGUCCGCACGCAGCCGUGACUCGGACUAACGUUUGUCGGUUUAGCGGAACCAUGAAUGUCAGUCAGAAAUAAAUGCUUCCUGUACACCGGAGGGUGAGAGAGGAUACGCUAAUCUGUUGACCGCGAAGACAUUCCUUGACUGGAGAGAGCAGGAGCAGCGUGAAGUGCGUGUGACCGACAGGUGCUUCGCCUCGUUCGGCGUGAGGUUCAGCUGAGAUGUCGCCGGUGCAGAGAACCGUGUCAGAUAUGCGCUCAAGAGCUGAAGGAUAUGAAAAGACGGAGGAUGCGUCAGAGAAGACUUCUCUAGCUGACCAGGAGGACGCUCGACUGAUCUUCAUUAAUCAGCCUCAGUUUACAAAGUUCUGCAGUAACCGUGUCAGCACGGCGAAGUACAACGUGCUCACUUUCCUGCCGCGGUUUCUCUACUCACAAUUCAGAAGAGCUGCAAACUCCUUCUUCCUGUUCAUCGCCCUGCUGCAGCAAAUACCGGAUGUUUCUCCGACCGGACGUUGGACCACGCUGGUGCCGUUGCUCUUCAUCUUGGUGGUGGCAGCAGUGAAGGAGGUGAUCGAGGAUCUGAAACGUCACAAAGCAGACAGUGUUGUAAACAAGAAGGAGACACAAGUGCUGAGAAAUGGAGCCUGGGAGAUUGUUCACUGGGAGAAGGUGGCGGUAGGGGAGGUAGUACGAGCCUCCAACGGAGACCACCUUCCAGCUGACCUCGUCAUUCUGUCAUCCAGUGAACCUCAAGGAAUGUGUUAUAUCGAAACCUCAAACCUGGAUGGAGAAACAAAUCUUAAAAUCAGACAAGGCCUUCAUGUCACUUCUGAGAUAAAAGACAUUGACAGCCUGAUGCGUUUUUCUGGACGUAUGGAGUGCGAGAGCCCCAACAGGCACCUGUACGAGUUUGUAGGAAACAUCCGUCUUGAUGGACACAGCACAGUGCCAUUGGGUCCGGAUCAGAUCCUCCUGAGAGGAGCGCAGCUCAGAAACACACAGUGGGUGCACGGCAUUGUGGUCUACACAGGACACGACACCAAGCUCAUGCAGAACUCCACUCGACCUCCUCUGAAGCUGUCCAACGUGGAGCGCAUCACCAACUUUCAGAUCCUGGUGCUGUUUGGCUGUUUGUUGGCCAUCUCUUUGGUUUGCUCCAUUGGACAAACCAUCUGGAAGUACCAGUACGGCAACGAAGCUUGGUACAUGGACCUCAACUACGGCGGUGCAGCGAACUUUGGUCUCAACUUCCUCACCUUCAUCAUCCUCUUCAACAACUUGAUUCCCAUUAGUCUGCUCGUGACGUUGGAGGUGAUCAAAUUUAUCCAGGCCUACUUCAUCAACUGGGACACUGAUAUGCUGUAUGAAGUUACUAACACACCAGCUAUGGCUCGAACAUCCAACCUGAAUGAAGAGCUGGGACAGGUGAAGUAUAUAUUUUCAGACAAAACUGGAACUUUGACCUGCAAUGUGAUGCAGUUUAAGAAGUGUACCAUCGCUGGAGUGGCCUAUGGUCACAGGUCUGAAAUGGAGGAUGGUAGUUUUGCAGAGGAGGAAUGUCACAGCUCUCACUCAAUGGAGGAAGCUGGAUUUAAUGACCCCAGUUUACUAGAAAAUCUGCAAAGCAGCCAUCCCACCGCUGCUGUGAUAACAGACUUUAUGACCAUGAUGGGGAUCUGUCACACAGCCGUCCCUGAACGCAACGACGACACCAUCACCUACCAAGCUGCCUCUCCGGAUGAAGGAGCCCUGGUCCGUGCAGCACGCAACCUCGGCUUUGUUUUCUCAGCCAGGACGCCGGACAGUGUCAUCAUCGAGGCGCUUGGUCAAGAAGAGAAAUAUGAACUACUGCACGUGUUGGAGUUCACAAGUGCCAGAAAAAGGAUGUCGGUCAUCAUGCGCACUCCAUCUGGAAAGAUCCGGCUAUACUGUAAAGGAGCCGACACAGUCAUCUACGACCGUUUGGCAGAUAACUCCAGGUAUAAGGAUAUUACACUGAAACAUCUCGAGCAGUUUGCUACAGAGGGUUUGCGUACGCUGUGUUUUGCCGUGACCGACAUAUCCGAGUCAUUGUACCAGCAGUGGCAGGAAGUCCAUCACCGCGCCUGCACCUCUCUACAGAACAGAGCACUAAAAAUGGAGGAAAGCUACGAGCUCAUUGAGAUGAACCUCCAGCUGCUCGGGGCCACUGCGAUUGAGGACAAGCUGCAGGACCGCGUCCCUGAGACUAUCGAGACCCUGAUGAAGGCUGACAUUAAGAUCUGGAUCCUCACCGGAGACAAGCAGGAGACUGCCAUCAAUAUAGGACACUCCUGCAAGCUCCUCACCAAGAACAUGGGCCUGCUGGUGAUUAAUGAGGAGACUCUGGAUGGGACGAGGGAGACUCUGAGCCACCACUGCAGCAUGCUGGGAGACGCUCUGCAUAAGGAAAACGACUUUGCACUGAUCAUCGAUGGAAAGACACUCAAGUACGCGCUCACCUUCGGAGUGCGGCAGUACUUCCUGGACCUGGCGCUGUCCUGCAAAGCGGUCAUAUGCUGCAGGGUGUCUCCUCUGCAGAAGUCAGAGGUGGUAGAGAUGGUGAAGAAACAGGUGAAGGUCAUCACUCUGGCCAUCGGCGACGGUGCCAACGAUGUAGGUAUGAUCCAGAGCGCUCACGUCGGCGUCGGCAUCUCGGGCAACGAGGGACUACAAGCUGCCAACUCUUCUGAUUAUUCUAUUGCACAGUUUAAGUAUUUGAAGAACCUCUUGCUGGUCCAUGGUGCCUGGAACUACAACCGAGUUGCUAAGUGCAUCCUGUACUGCUUCUACAAAAACAUUGUGCUGUAUAUUAUCGAGAUCUGGUUUGCUUUUGUGAACGGAUUCUCUGGGCAGAUUCUUUUCGAGCGUUGGUGCAUCGGCCUGUAUAACGUGAUCUUUACAGCUCUGCCACCCUUGACCUUGGGCAUUUUCGAGCGCUCAUGCAGAAAAGAAAACAUGCUUAAAUACCCAGAAUUAUACAAAACCUCCCAGAAUGCCCAGGGCUUCAACACCAAGGUUUUUUGGGCACAUUGUCUGAAUGGACUCUUCCACUCAGUCAUCCUCUUCUGGUUCCCUCUCAAAGCCUUCCAGCAUGAUACUGUCUUUGGGAACGGAAAAACUCCAGACUAUCUGCUCCUGGGGAACAUGGUGUACACAUUUGUGGUGAUCACUGUGUGUCUGAAGGCAGGGUUGGAGACUUCCUCCUGGACCAUGUUUAGUCAUAUAGCCAUUUGGGGCAGCAUUGGAUUGUGGGUAGUGUUCUUUGGUAUCUACUCCUCUCUAUGGCCGCUCAUCCCUCUGGCUCCAGAUAUGUCAGGAGAGGCAGAUAUGAUGUUCAGCUCUGGAGUCUUCUGGAUGGGACUGUUUUUCAUUCCUGUCACUUCUCUGGUGUUUGACCUGGCUUACAAAGUUAUAAAAAAGGCAUGGUUCAAGACCCUGGUGGAUGAGGUUCAGGAGCUAGAGGCUCUUUCAAAGGACCCUGGAGCAGUGGUUCAUGGGAAGAGUCUGACCGAGAGGGCUCAACUACUGAAGAACGUGUUUAAGAAGAGCACAGUCAGCCUGUACCGCUCUGACUCCGUGCAGCAGAACCUACUCCGUCGGCAGGUAGAGGCAGAGUCGGUUGAGACGUAAAGAUGGAUACGCUUUCUCUCAGGAUGAGAACGGAGUGGUCUCCCAAUCCGAGGUCAUCAGGGCCUAUGACACGACCAAGCAGCGGACCAACGAGUGGUGAGAUCCGGCCCCUCCGGCCGGGCCCCUCAGCCGCCAGUCAACCUUUUGAAGCUGACAGAAGUUAGGGCCUGUCAGGUUGUUUUUGUCCAGCUCUCUUGCUGGAACUGAGUAGGACAGAGCAAGAGGUCAGUAUUUUGGAAGGGAAUAUUACGAAAUAAAAAUUAAAUUAAAAAAAAAAACAAA